ACCCAGCACUGAGAUGCAGCCACCUCUGGUGCAGGGUGUGGGGACUGUUUAUAUGGGGAUCCCUUGCUUAGUGCUGAGAUGCAGCCCCCUCUGGGGUGGGGUUCAAGGGCUGUUUAUAUGGGGUUGCCCGGUGCUGAGACGCAGCCCCCUCUGGGGUGGGGUUCAAGAGCUGUUUAUAUGGGGAUGCCUGGCCUGGCCUGAGAUGCAGCCGUAUCUGGGGCAUAGUUCAAGCCCCUUCUGUUUGCAAUCCCACCUGUGUGCGUGGCCUGGUGAUGUCAUGGUCCUGCUGUGUGGGGUGAUGAUGAGACCAUACGCUUGUGCAGAGCCAAUUCCGUGAGGGAGCGCCCGGCCCCCCCGUGCAAGCCUUGUGAGUCAUUGUGCACGUGUUGUGUGAUGGCCAUUGCUGAGCACUGGCGAGGAGGAAGAGACAGAUCCGGGCCAGCAACACCCUUGCUCCCAGUGAGUGUGUCUGGGCUGGCCUCGCCCUGUGUGUGUGUGUGUGUGUAGUCAUUUGUGUGUUGUCAUUCUCUGUACCCUUGUAGUGGGUGUGAUUUUGUGUUAGUGUCAUUCAGUGUUUUUCUCUGUGUUUGUGUGUGUGUUUGUGAUUGUGUUAGUGUUCUGUCAGUGUGAUUUUGUGUUUGUGUGAAUGUUACCCUCUAUUGUUAUAGUGUGUGUGAUUGUGUGUUAGGAGUAUUCUCUGUACCCUUGUGUGUGUGAUUGUGUGUCACUGUGCGCACAUGUGUGUGUGUCUUGUUCCGCAUGCCCUUGUGUGUGUGACUGUGUGUCACUGUUCUGUGUGCCAUAUUGUAGGAGGCUGCUGGGGGGUGUGUGUCUGUGCUGAGUUGUGGGUGUGUGUGUGUGUGUGCAUAUGAUGCACCAACAUCAGUAGAUAUCAGCUGUCUUGAGAGUCAUUGUCCUGCUAUCAGUGUGUGUGUGUGUGUGUGUACAUGUUGCAGGGUGUGGGUCAUUGUGUCAAAUGUGUGUGUUGUACCUGUGCCAGUUGUCCGUUCUGCUGUCAGCGAGUGUGUGUGAGUUUUGUUUCCUGUGUGUAUAAAUAGCAAGGUGCGUCACUCAGGGCAGGUGUGUGUUACAUUAUUAAUGCGUGUGGGGGGUGUCCUGUUCCGUGUGUGUGUGAUCCAAAGGCUAGGAGUCACUCUCCCAGCCACUGUGCAUCAGUGUGUGUGUGUAUAUUUGUGUGUGUUUGUUUGAAGGUUUUCAGGAGUCACACCCCACUCUCAGCUGCUGUGUGUUAUGUGUGUGUAUAUCUCUCUCUGUGUUACACUAUGUUAUAGUCUGUGUGUAUGUGACACUGUGUGUCUGUGCAUGUGUGUGACGUGUGUUACACUGUGCUACACUGUGACAUUGCGUGUUACACACAGACACACAGUGUGUGUGAAUUACACUGUGCAUUUUGUGUUAGUCUGUCAGUGUAUCACAUCUGUUAUUGUGUUAUACUGUUAUGCUCUGUGUGUUACACUGUGUUAUGCCCUGUUUAUGUGUUAAAUUUGUGUGUGCAACUCUUACUCUUUCUGUGUGUCUGUGUGUGUAUCUUGGUGUGUGUGUUACACUGUGCUCUGUGUGUGAUGCGGUUACACUUUCUGUGUUACACUGUUAGUGCGUUCCGCUGGCUUAUGCUCUCUUUGUGUGUUACACCCUGUGUGUAUUACAUUUGUAUGUGCAACACUUUCGCUAUGUAUCUCUGUAUCAGUGUGUGUGUUAUACUGCUAUACUCUGUGUGAUGCUGUUUGUGUGUUACGCUCUGUGUGUUACACUUGCCUGUGCACAACACUGUUAUGCUCUGUGUGUAUGACACUGUGUGUCUGUGUUAUGCUGUGUCUAACUGUGUGUGAUCUCGGGGAGUGGGCUGGCUCUGUCUUAGGGGGUGCCCUCUGACCCCAUGGCAGCCCUGAACCGGGGCGCUGCUCUCCUGAUGGGCGUGGGGGGCCCAGCCUGGCUUUGGGGGAUGCGCCUGGGGCAGUGACUCCCCUCUGCCCCAGGCUGGGAUCAUCCCAGGCAAAGGCAGGCUGUGCAGAGCAUCUCCUAACUCCCAGUUUCACCCCCAGGGGUGAGCCGUGGUGUGUGUGCGGUGCUGUACGUGUCCCUCCAGGAUGGCCAGGCUCUCCCUGCGGCGCCAUCUACCCCAGAUGCCUGGCCAUGCCCUGCGGCUCCGCUCCUGGCAGAUUCUCAAGCCCCUCACCCAUGCUGGGCUGCAGCCCACCAGCAAGGCCGUGUACCGUCGCACCCCCACCCGGCUGCUCUCGCGACUCUGGGGGGUGCUGACUGGGCUGGCGCUGCCCCGCUGGCUGCGGCGCCCCCUGCUGGCGCUCUACGUCUGGGCCUUCUCCGUCAACAUGGCCGAGGCGGCUGAGGAAGAUCUGAGCAGCUACCGCAGCCUUGGGGAGCUCUUCCGACGCCCGCUCAAGCCCUGGGUGCGUCCCAUCGCACCCCAUGACAUGGUCAGCCCGGCGGAUGGCUGCAUCGUGCACCUGGGCCGGGUGCGGAGGAGCCGCCUGGAGCAGGUGAAGGGGGUGACGUACUCCCUGGAGAGCUUCCUCGGGCCCCAGGACUGGAGGGAAGAUGGGGGCCGGGGUCUCUCCCCACGGUGGCACCGGGGGCAUCGGCUCUAUCAGUGCGUCAUCUAUCUGGCGCCGGGCGACUACCACCGCUUCCACUCGCCCACCAACUGGCACAUCCAGCACCGCCGGCACUUCCCUGGGUCCCUGAUGUCGGUGAGCCCGAGUGUGGUGCGCUGGAUCCCGGGGCUGUUCUGCCACAACGAGCGGGUGGUGCUGAGCGGGGAGUGGGCCCACGGCUUCUUCUCCCUGACUGCCGUGGGGGCCACCAACGUGGGCUCCAUCCGCAUCUACUGCGACCAGGACCUUCGCACCAAUUGCGCCCGCCACGUGCAGGGCUGCUACCAUGACUGCAGCUACUUGGCCUGGGCGGAGCCAGCUGGAGUCCCCGCCCCCAAGGGGGCCGGCCUGGGCGAGUUCAACCUGGGCUCCACCAUCGUCCUCCUCUUCCAGGGGCCCCGGCGCUUUGGCUUCCGCGCCAGUGCUGGGCGCAGGGUGCGGGUGGGGCAGGCGCUGGGCAGCCUGUGACGCGGCGGGCAGAGGAGCAGGCCCCCAUUUCCGGGCGGGACCCCGCUUUCCUGGGGAGAUUGCAGAACCCCUUCACUGCCAUGGGGGAGACACCCCAGAUUCAGUUGGGUAACAGGGAGGAGACACCAGACUUGUGGGAGAAGGGAAACCCCCACUUCAGAUGGGAGAAUUGGACCCCUCUUUACUGGGGGGAAGGGAAGAGUCCCCCAUCCCAAUAGCCCCUUCAGCUUUCUGCUGGGGAAUGUGGGGGGCUUUGACACCCCUUAAGAGCCAUGGAGGAAACAUAGGUGGGACCCUGAUCUUAGCAGGGAUGGGAUUUUUGGAGGCAGGAGCAUGAGGAACCUACUUUCAAGAUGGGGAACCGAGAGCCCCCCCAUACUAGGAGAAGGGACCCCACUUUCCAGUGAGGGAAUAUGGGGUGAAUCUGUGGCCCCCCAUCUUUAAUUCCAAUGGGGGUAAAAAGAAGAUACUUGGUUUUAAGUGGGGGAGUACCAAAUUCAGCGGGGAGGGUAUGGGGGUGGAUCCGAGGCCCCCCCUUAAUUCCAAUGGGGGAUGAUGUGAAUGGGGCUCUGGGGAGCUCCUUCCCAGAUCCUUUGGGGUUGAAAUCUGGGGGGAAACUUUUGUACAAUCCUCUCUGCCGCCCCGGCCCCUGCAUCCCAUCCCAUCCCCAUAAGGCGGUCUGAACGCCAGGGGGCAGAAUAGCUCUGAAAUAGACCUUUCUAUUUUCGUAUACA